CAAACAAGCAACACCAACAUGUUCAAAUACGCUGCUGUCAUCCUCGCCAUCCUGGCCUGUGCCUCCGCCAAACCCGGUUUCCUGAGUGCUCCUCUGGCCUACAACGCCGUUCCUGCCGCUGUCCUUGCUGCACCUGCUCCCGUUGUCACCGCCACCAGUAGCCAGGUGUUUGCCAGGAACUACAAUGGAAUCGCUGCUGCCCCCGUGAUCGCUCCAGUUGCUGCUCCUCUGGCCGCGCCAGUGAUCGCCAAGUAUGCUGCUGCUCCUCUGGCCACUCCUUUGGCCUAUCACUCGGAUCCUCUAGCCUACUCCUCGCCUCUGACCAGUCCGCUGGCAUACUCAGCCCCUCUGGCCUAUAACACCUUUUCUGCCCCAGCUCCAGUUCUGUUUUAA